UACCCACCUGCUACACUCUACUUUCUCUCUCUGUAUCUUUUUAUAUGGACUAGUCGCAUCCUUUCACUGUCCUGCUAAAAGCGAAAGGCGGUGACACCUCUGGCUGCAAGAACUCAUCCAUUUUCUACCACUCUUUCCCACUUUGCUUUUUAAGAAUCCUCUUACGUUACAAAAGUUCUCAAAGUAUCGCACUAAUAACCCGGAGAAAAGGAAGAUUAUUGCUUCUUCAUUGCUUUUUUUUUUUUUUCUUUCAAAGAGAGAUUUUUCUUUUGUUUCUUUUUGUUUUUGUCUCAGAGGAAGAGAUGGGGGAGAAAGAUGAUGGGUUGGGUUUAGGUUUGGGUCUCAGCUUGGGAGCCGCAGCUCCACAGAAUCAGCCCUCGUUGAAGCUAAAUCUCAUGCCAUUUCCUUCAGUGUUUAUGCAAAAUAAUCACAAGACCUCCUUGAAUGACCUCUUUCAAUCAUCUGAUAGGAACUCUGAUGCGAGGUCGUUUCAACGAGGGAUUGACAUGAAUCGGAUACCAUCAGUGGCCGACUGCGAUUACGAAACCGGCGUUUCCUCUCCGAACAGCACGAUUUCAAGCAUAAGUGGAAAGAAAAGCGAGAGGGAGCAGAUUGGAGAGGAAACUGAAGCGGAGAGAGCAUCGUGCUCUCGCGGGGGCCGUGUCAGCGAUGACGAGGAUGGCCUUGCCGGCGGAGACGCUUCUAGGAAAAAGCUGAGGCUUUCAAAGGAGCAGUCCUUACUGCUUGAAGAUACCUUCAAGGAGCACAAUACUCUGAAUCCUAAGCAAAAACUGGACUUGGGGAAGCAGUUGAAUCUCAGGCCUAGACAGGUGGAAGUGUGGUUUCAGAACAGGAGGGCGAGGACUAAGCUGAAACAAACUGAAGUUGACUGCGAGUACCUAAAGAGGUGCUGUGAAAAUCUAACACAAGAGAACAGGAGGUUGCAGAAGGACGUUCAGGAGCUUAGAGCAUUGAAACUAUCCCCCCAGUUCUACAUGCCCACCACCCUCACCAUGUGCCCUUCAUGUGAGCGUGUUGCAGUCUCAUCAUCAUCCUCAUCUUCAGCUACCACAGCUGCUCCAACUGCCACAUGCAGCCACACGGGGAAUCCCCAGCCCCAACGACCCGUGCCCAUUAAGCCUUGGGCAGCAUUGCCUAUCCACCAUCGACCUUUUGAUACGCCUGCUUCGAGGUCAUAAUUAUGGCAAAGGGAAUAGAUUUUAGGAUACGGUACUCAAAAGUCUCCAACUAUAUGAAGAUAAAAAUCAAAAGGGAGGUGGUUAGGAUGCGAUUUUUUGUUUAAAGAGUCUUGGUUGGGAUAAUUAUUAGAUAAUACUAAAAAAUAAUAUUUUUUCUCUUAUUAAAAUAAUAAAUUCUCUUAUAUUAUAAAGAGUGAAUU